AUGUGUAAUAAUAGAAUAAUAAUAUGUUUUCAGAAUGGUUAUCCCUCUGUGGACAAUCCUUAUAUAUUUAAUGGUGAUUUUGUGGAUCGAGGAGGUCAGUCAAUUGAGGUUCUUUGUGCUCUGUUGGCUCUAUUCAUAUUAGAUCCAAAUUCAAUAACGUUGAAUCGAGGGAAUCACGAAGACCACAUUAUGAAUCUUCGCUAUGGCUUCGCAAAGGAGCUCGUGACGAAGUACAAGGUGGCCCUCGAAGAUGUCUUCUCCUGGCUUCCCAUCGCUACGAUCAUCGACAAGGACAUCUUCGUUGUUCAUGGUGGCAUCUCAGACAAAACUGAAAUUGCUAUCCUUGAAAAAAUCCAUCGAAAUCGAUACCAAUCAGUACUACGACCACCAGUACGAAAAGGAGAGGGGAAGAACUCGGUGAAUGUGGAAGAAUGGAAGCAAAUGCUUGACAUUCUUUGGAGCGAUCCUAAGCAGAAUAAAGGAUGUUGGCCAAAUGUAUUUCGAGGAGGAGGCUCAUAUUUUGGUGCCGACAUCACAGCACAGUUUCUUGAGAAAUUGAGUCUCGUGGAAGAAUCUGCCGUUCGCGAGGUAAAAGAGAAGCUGAGUGCGUUCACAAAUGAGCUGGAAAAGGAGUUUGAGAGUUGCGAUCCACAGGGAAAAGGUUAG